GUGAGGAGGCAAGGCCUGUGGGUCUCCAUUGCCCAGCUCCUGCCCACACUCCCACCUGCUGCCCUGACCAGAGUCAUCAUGCCUCUUGAGCAGAGGAGUCAGCACUGCAGUCCUGAAGAAGGCCUUGAGGCCCGAGGAGAGGCCCUGGGCCUGGUGGGUGCGCAGCCUCCUGCUACUGAGGAGCAAGACGCUGCCUCCACCUCUUCUACUCUAGUUGAAGUCACCCUGGGGGAGGUGCCUGCUGCCGAGUCACCAGAUCCUCCCCAGAGUCCUCAGGGAGCCUCCAGCCUCCCCACUACCAUCAACUACACUCUCGGGAGCCAAUCCAAUGAGGACUCCAGCAACCAAGAAGAGGAGGGGCCGAGCACCUUCCCCGACCUGGAGUCCGACUUCCAAGCAGCACUCCAUAGGAAGGUGGCUGAGUUGGUUCAUUUUCUGCUCCUCAAGUAUCGAGCCAGGGAGCCGGUCACAAAGGCAGAAAUGCUGGGGAGUGUCGUCGGAAAUUGGCAGCGCUUCUUUCCUGUGAUCUUCAGCAAAGCCUCCGAGUACUUGCAGCUGGUCUUUGGCAUUGAGCUGAUGGAAGUGGACCCCAUCGGCCACUUGUACAUCCUUGUCACCUGCCUGGGCCUCUCCUAUGAUGGCCUGAUGGGUGACAAUCAGAUCAUGCCCAAGACAGGCCUCCUGAUAAUCAUCCUGGCCAUAAUCGCAAAAGAGGGCGACUGUGCCCCUGAGGAGAAAAUCUGGGAGGAGCUGAAUGUGAUGCAGGUGUUUGACGAGAGGGAGUACAGUGUCUUUGCGGAUUCCAGGAAACUGCUCACCCAAGAUUUGGUGCAGGAAAACUACCUGGAGUACCGGCAGGUGCCCGGCAGUGAUCCUGCAUGCUACGAGUUCCUGUGGGGUCCAAGGGCCCUCGUUGAAACCAGCUAUGUGAAAGUCCUGCACCAUAUGCUAAAGAUCAGUGGAGGACCUCACAUUUCCUACCCACCCCUGCAUGAAUGGGCUUUGAGAGAGGGGGAAGAGUGA